AAAGAUGAUGACACAUAGUAAUAUUAUUGUGAGUAUAGUCAAAACAUUGCAUCGCAGAAACAAAUAUCCAUAAUUCAAUGCAUUCUGUGUAGUUGGUGUAAAAUUUUGGUGGUAUAUUGUUUCUUCGCUUACCGUAGUUUAUGAUUAGGUAAUUGUUGUCAAUAUUUAUGACGAAUCUUCCCCUCUCCAUCAGAUCGAUACUACCUAGAAUGCAACGAAUGAUUCGUAGUACGCUGCUGGGUCAACGCUUUAUCAGGAAAACGUUCUCAUUUUCGGCCGUUGCCAACAAGCAGUACGUCAUAAAGGACCACUAUGAGUUCGAUCAGAAGGUUAUCAACAGUGACAACCCAGUGAUCGUGAACUUCCACGCCGAAUGGUGCGAUCCGUGCAAGAUAUUGACGCCCCAAAUGGCCAAAAUGUUAGAACCCUCACAGGAGAUCGACCUAGCCAUCGUGAACGUGGACGACAACGCAGAGUUGGUGCAAACAUUUGAAGUGAAAGCGGUGCCAGCUGUGCUGGCCUUCCGUAAUGGAGUCGUGGUGGACAAGUUCAUCGGACUGGUAGACGCUGACAUGAUCGAAAAUCUCAUAGGAAAACUUGCGCGGAAAAAGUAAUUGGCAGCGCGUGGAAGUUCAUCGGAGAAGACGUGGAGACUCUGGAAUGAACGGAAAGCAACCGUGUGAGUCACGGGCGGUUGGACAGGGAACAAGACGUGCCGAGUGAAGACAACUAAGACAAGAAAAGGCACCUCAUUUGUGUGAUGCUAUUUAUGUACAAUAAAUCGAUGCUAAACUUUAAUUCGUUACCACUAAUAUGUCAAUAAAUAUAAUAUAUUGCGACGAA